AUGACACCCAGGACACCGUACCUAACCAGAGUAGAGACUGGACGCUCACGUGAUGCGCAGCAAGGAUCGACACCAAGUUUCCCUGCGGCCCUGGGGCCCUGGUCGCCCUCAACCAGGCCAUUGCUCGUGGUCUUGGUGCUGGCUGGCUCCGGCAUCGUUUCGUUUCCCUUUCCCGGUACCGUUGAGCUGGCCGCCCAGCGCAGAGGCCACAGGCAGAUGCCACCGCCCGUGCUGCGAAAACUGAUAUGCACUGUCCGUCGCGGGACCUUGGAAGUGGAGAGAAGAGCUCAAAGAAGCUGGAGCUUUCUCUCCAAGCCGACAUCGAACGACCGCACCGCAAGGCGCAUCGAACCAGACAGACAGACACCAUCCGCCCCAGAGCGUGAUCAGCAUAGUCAUCGCCCAGCACCGAGUUUCACGGCCGAAGCAUUCAUCAUGCCUCCUCCUCCUAGUGUUGGCGCCGGCGCCCAUGGCCCGUCCAACAUCGACAAACUGAAGAUGGGCGCCAUGAUGGGUGGCACUGUCGGCUGCAUUAUGGGCUUCGUAUUCGGAACCGUCAACAUCUUCAGAUACGGUGCGGGGCCAAACGGUAUCAUGCGAACACUGGGCCAAUACAUGGCUGGGUCAGGAGCAACGUUCGGUUUCUUCAUGGGCAUCGGAAGUGUCAUCAGAACUGAUGCAUCGCCCAUGGCCAACGAGGCAUUCUUGCGAGCACAGAGACGGCCCUUCAUCAUGGCCGCCCAACGUCCUUACCGACCACGCGACCAAUAA